CAAGGCGCAGUGUUGUACUUCCUAUUAGCUUGUGGAAGAUAGCGGACGAUCGGUCGAAAAAAAAAAUACCGAUGUAUUAACGUAAAUCGAUUGCAUAUCUGCUCAGGAACACUUUAUAGUGGAGUAAUUUGGGUCCGUAUUUAGGAGACGAAAAUGAUCCGCUUCAUCCUCAUUCAGAAUCGAGCAGGGAAGACACGAUUGGCCAAAUGGUACAUGCAGUUUGAUGAUGAUGAGAAGCAGAAGCUGAUCGAGGAGGUGCAUGCUGUGGUCACUGUCAGGGACGCCAAGCACACCAACUUUGUGGAGUUCAGGAACUUCAAGAUCAUCUACCGGCGUUAUGCUGGCCUGUACUUCUGCAUCUGUGUGGACGUGACUGAUAAUAACCUGGCAUACCUCGAGGGAAUCCACAACUUUGUAGAGGUGCUCAAUGAGUAUUUCCACAAUGUGUGCGAACUGGAUCUUGUAUUCAACUUCUACAAGGUGUACACGGUGGUGGACGAGAUGUUCCUGGCGGGAGAGAUCCGGGAGACCAGUCAGACCAAGGUCCUCAAACAGCUCCUCAUGCUCCAGUCGCUCGAGUAGAAGAUGAACAAAGCGCCUCUCCUCCUCUGCUGCCCUGGCUCCCAAACCGACCGCCAUCACCCUCCUGCCCCCGGCAGAGCCCUCAGGUCUGCUUAAGGGGGAAUAUUGAGAAGAAAACAUUGUUUACAUAUAGAUAUAUAUGUUUAAUCGUCUCGGCAUUGUGUGUUUUGAAUGAUGUCUGUACGUGUUGUACUGCUGAGGGUGUCAUCCAGCUAUAAAGCGUAACAGUACAUUUCAGAGUGUUUCAACAUUUCAUACACAGCGGCAUCCUGUUCUCUCCCCCCAAAAGCCAGAGCCUGCAGAGCUUACUCAUUUCCUGUAUCAACUAGUUAGUCAUUGCAUUUAUAUCUCUAUGCAGUGUGGAAAUCAGUGUGACACUGCUGUCUGUCCCCCAACCCCCCCCCCCCCCAUUAACCCCCACAUGUAUUCAAUGGCACUACUGUACCUGACAAGCACCAUUUAAAGACCGACCGAGGUCACAACAGCCUCGAAGCUGCAGAUCCGCGGGCGUGAAGGCGUUCGUGCACGUCCAGUGCGCCUCUGGUGACGUGAGAUCAGGCGGUUGAGAUGCUGAUGUGCUUUUCAUCGCAUUUCAAAUGAAUUGAGAUCAACCGGUGAGACUGGUCACGUCAUAAGGUGCUCUGUUGGUCACUCUUUUAAAAAAAACAAAACACUUAAAACAACUCCGACGAACCCCGACCUGGACGUAGAAACUAUAUUUUACAUAUAUCAGUGCAGUUGUUUUGCUCUGUAUAGUAUAUUCAGACAGUGUAUUUUGUGUUGAAUAUUGUGAAAUUGACACAUUUGUUACAGAAAGACUGGUUCCCGGGAGAUCCAUACAUUCCACUCACUUUCCGUACAAUACAGAACAUUUUCAAAUUCCUCUCACUGAUUGAUUAAAUUGAACUCGUUCCUCCACUGGAUCUGAACCAUGUCCAGUCACAAAGGUGAUUUCACAUGUUCUUGUUGAACUUUUGUAUUUUCUUUUUUAAGUGAUUGGGCAACAGUGAAAUAUGAAAUAUGUACCGCUUCCCUUCACGUCCACCUGUGAGUUUGUUGAUGGAAGGUGUGUGUGUGUGUUACUGUGUCCAUGUCAGCAACCUGCAUCGAUACGUCCCAUUUUUGUGUAAAUAAAACAGAUGAAGU